UGCGUUUUCCGCACCGUCAAUCAAAAUAGAAAAAAAUUGACUAGAAUCACCGUUUUCAGCUUGCCUUCGAUUAACGUAAUCAUGUUUGGCGUGUGAUAAUACCGGGAUUCUGCGAAUUUAAAUAAUUCACGCAAUGACUGUUUAGCCAACAGUAAACGUUAGCCUGCAUGCUAGCAACAACAAUUAUCACAAAGCUAUGUAUGAUUCGUAGCUAAAUGGCUUCAGUUUGAUCAUCAACUCCACACCGCAAAUGUAACGAAGCCCCAGAGCAGCCAGUGAAACAAGAGGAAAUGGCUGCCUUGGACAGCUGUCAACGCGAGUUUCUGCAGCAAGACGGUGGCACAGGAGAUCAGGACACUCAGCCAUCACCGCUCGCUCUGCUGGCAGCUACCUGCAGCAAGAUCGGGUCGCCAUCGUCAGAGAGGGAUAACGGUGCUGCCGCUGUAGUGACUACAAACCUAACAUCCAUCCAGUUAACAGGGAACCCAGAUAGAUGGGAGGUUUUGACCCCCACAACAACAGUGAACGAGGAACCUGGCGCGGUCCAUAUCCAGACUCAGCGGAUUAUGACAUCAAACGGACAGUAUGUUCUUCCUCUCCAGAACCUUCAGAGCCAACCGAUCUUUGUGACAUCAGGAAGCGACGCCUCCGCCAACGCAGUGCCUAACAUUCAGUACAUUCAGACAGCUGAUGGACAGCAACUAAGCUUCUCCACCUCCUGUGUGGAGGGGGCCACUCUGAGCCAAGAUGCCACAGGGCAGAUCCAGAUCUUGCCUGAAGGAACUCAAACUAUAAGUGUGACAGGGGCUGGAGACAUCCUUACUAACAACCAAAACCUCAUAUCACAGACUGGUCAUGUCCAGCAGAUCCAGGGUGUUUCUAUCGGCAGCUCCACCUUUAACAACCAGGGACAGGUUGUCACAAAUGUGCCUAUGGGGUUGCCAGGGAACAUCACCUUUGUCCCCAUUAACAGUGUGGACUUGGACUCUCUGGGCCUCUCUGGUGCUCAGACUAUAGCAACAGGGGUCACUUCUGAUGGCCAGCUAAUCAUGACCAGUCAGCCUGUAGACAGUUCUGAGAGUUUGGAGAAGACAGCUGACCAGCUCUCGCAAACUCUAUCUGUAAAUGACUCGAAUGCUAACUCAGAAAUGUAUCUACCAACAUCCUCGGCCCAGCUGCCUGAGAGCAUAGAUGAGCCGGGUGUUCUGACCCAAGCCACAGAGCAGACAGAUCCCUCUGGUCUCCAGGAGGGCUACGUUCAUCAGAACCAUGUUCAGAACAUCCAGGUCUCCUCAGGCCAGUCCAUCAUCCAGCUGCAGCAAGUGCCGGUCCAGACCAGUGAUGGUCAGGUGGUGCAGGCAGGAGGGGGGCAGAACGUGCAGCUCUUCAACCCAGGGACCUUCAUCAUCCAGGCCCAGACCGUCACUCCCUCAGGCCAGAUCCAGUGGCAGACCUUUCAGGUGCAGGGGGUCCAAAACCUGCAGAACAUCCAGCUGCCCACCAACCCAGCCCAGCAGAUCACCCUGGCCCCAUUGCAGGCCCUGUCUCUGGGCCAGGGAGGAGCGCAACAGAUCCCCAACCUGCAGACUGUGACUGUUAACUCUUUGGCCCAGACAGGCAUUCAUUUCCAACAGGCAGAGGACACCGACAGCCCUGGAGAUAUCCAGAUAAAGGAGGAGCCGGACUCAGAGAACUGGCAGCUGGGCAGUGACUCCACUCUGAACACCAGUGACCUGUCCCACCUGCGGGUCAGGCUAGUGGACGUGGAGGACCAGCUCGACGAGGGGGGCAAGAGGCUACGAAGGGUGGCCUGCACCUGCCCCAACUGCAAAGAGGCUGGAGGGAGAGGAUCCAACAUGGGCAAGAAGAAGCAGCACAUCUGUCACAUUCCGGGCUGUGGGAAGGUGUACGGGAAGACAUCCCACCUGCGAGCGCACCUGCGCUGGCACUCAGGGGAGCGACCCUUCGUCUGCAGCUGGAUGUACUGUGGGAAGAGGUUCACGCGUAGCGACGAACUGCAGAGACACCGGAGAACACACACAGGGGAGAAGAAGUUUGUUUGCCCGGAGUGUUCCAAGCGCUUUAUGCGGAGCGACCACCUGGCCAAGCACAUUAAAACGCACUUGAACAAGAAAGGAGUCAUGAACUCUGUGAGCAGCGCGGUGGUGGCCUCCAUGGAGUCUGCGGGUUCGUCAGACAGCAUCAUCACGGCUGGCAGCACCACCCUCAUCCUCACCAACAUCCAGCAAGGCUCCAGUAACGCCCAGGACAUUCUGGCCAACGCUGAGAUCCCCCUGCAGCUAGUCACCGUAGCAGCCGGAGAAGUCUUAGCGGUGGCCGAGUCACAGUGACACUCAUUAACGCUUCAUGAACUUCUUCAUCGCUAAUGUUCCCUGCUUGUUUUUAUUUUUUAUAUAUACAUACAUGAAUAUAUAUUAUAUUUUUAAGAAGAAUGAUAGCAUUAAAUGUGGUUCCAAUACAUACCCACUAAAAUGCCUUAUUUUGUAUCAUAUUGUGGAGUUGAAAAGGUGAAAUGGCGUGUGGUUUUUAAGAUACUGUUAAUUACUUCAAGGUUUGAGUUAAAUGUGUAUAAAAAAUAUUGGUACAGAAAUGAAGUGAUUGGAUAUUAGGUCUGUCAGAUUCCUUUAAGCAAAACAUUUAGUUAACAUUGAGUGUGACUCCUGUUAUUUUCCUGAAGUAAGUUAUUUCUUACGUCCAGAUGUGUCAUCAUGUAAAUGUUGUAAUGUAAUUGAACUUUUUUUUGUCGUAUGCAGUUCUUAACCCCCCAGUUGCAUUCUGAAUAAUAUUGCAGGUGGCAUAAAAGAAAACAAUUGUCUAUUUAAAAUGCUGUAUAAUUCCUAUUCAACAACCACAAUUGAUGUAAUAUGCAUUUCUUGCAAAUCAAGUGUUUUGAGUGUUGCAGCUCCUUUAUAUUAGGCUUUGCAUAGUAGACUGGUUUUGUGGUAUCCAACACCAAGGUCCAACAUCAAGGUUUUUUAAAAUGUGUAUAGUGUAAUAUUCAUGUGUUUCUUUUGAAAAAAAUAUUUCUAAAUGAUUCUCAAUUUAAACAAAAUAGAUGAGUCAUUUACAUGAGAGAAAAAAAAGCCAUGGUUAGGGGUUAAAUUGCCAAAUUUGACUAAUCUCAGGGUGACUUGGUCAUGCAGUGCUGUCAGUUUGCACGGUAGAACAAUCCUCCGCUGUGGUCGCUAGGGCUGCUAUGGGGUGUUGUGUAGAGAUGUGUUAUUCCAUGGACCAAAAGCCAAGGUGAAUUAUGCUGUCGCCAUGUUACCUAUGCUCUUUGAACUGUAUGUGUCAGUCUUUAAAUGACAACCCCCCCCCCUUACUUUUAUGUAAUAGUUAGGUAAAAAGAUGCAUUCUGUGUCCGCGCCUCAAUCAAUCAGUCCUCUUAAAACAGAAAUGAAAUGGUGUCACUGUAUCGCGGUAGGUCGGUACUCUUUUAAUAGCACUGUUCUCUUCACCUGCAGUUUGUUUAAUGAUCUUUUUGUAUGAAACUCUUUGUACACUGCCCAUGGAACUGUGUUGGUUAUGCUCUUUCAGCACUGUCAGUUUAGUAUACAUGUUUCUGUCUCUGUCUUAUUUCUUUUAAUUGGAAUGGGUUUUGAGUCCCUUUUCUGUGGUAAUAUAUCUACGUAUCUAGGUUUUUAUUCAGAUGAUGAAAUGUAAGAUUGAAGAAAGUGAAUUGUGUGCAUUGUGUCUGCUGCCGGGAUUGUUUGUUGUGACGUUCUGGAAUAUAUUUUCAACUCAUAAGGCCCCCCCCCAGUGGCUUUAAGCCCACCGUCAUGUCAUUGAAAUGUACUAUACCUUGUGUGGUCAUGAACAAAACACUGUUAUACCUCACAGAUUCACAUUUAGAAGUGAUCAUGACAUUUUUACAAUCUCAGAAAGUUUCGAUCUGGAUGUUUGUCAUGUUAUAAAUCCUUGGUUCAUUAUGAACAUUUUGUAACAUUUGGUAUUCAUUUCACAUAUUUUAUUCUGUUUUGUUUUCAAAAAGCGCAAAACAAUUGUACAAGGUCCACUUUUUGUGCACAGCAUAUUAUUUCAUACUAAAAUGACUAAACAUUACCUGCUA